AUGCUUUCAACUUAUGCCAGAGGGUCUUCUGUACCCAUCGACUCCACAAUCGAUCUCGAAAACAUCCGGAACUGGCGCCGAGCUUGUCGCAAUACACACGGCGACUGCUGCAAUGACGACCAUGCGGAGACCUUGGCGCAGCACAUCGAUCGUCUAAUACUGGUUGAUGUAUUUAACGGCUCACUUGUCAUUCUGUCCACUUCGUCGCCAAUUACCUACGUUGCUCUUCCCUAUGUGUGGGGUGCCGUGCCUAUGUUUAAGACGAAGAGAUCAAACAUCGAUAUUCUGUUACAGCCGGGGGCUCUAUACAACAAGCAAAACGGCAUAAUGCUUCCUGAUACGAUCAGAUAUGCUAUAUAUCUGGCCAAGGCUUUAGGUGAGCGUUAUGUGUGGGUGGAUUGUCUGUCCACCGUUCAAGAUACAUGUUCAGAAGAGAUGGAAAUCACAUUGCGGGCUAUGGCUCGCAUAUACGCAAGUGCCGACUUCAUGGUUGUUGCUUCCGAUGGAAAUGACGCAGAUCAUGGCCUAAGAGGUGUCGGAGGUCCUUCGAAGAAUCGAAUCCCUAGUCCCAAUCCUACUCCCAUCUAUGGAGUGCCUACCCAGAAUAUUCGAAAUGGGCGACUAGGGGCUGGACGUUUCAAGAAUCUCUGUUCUCUCGUCGUCUCCUCAUAUUCGGUAGCGCUGUGUCCUGGAUGUGUGGACGCUGUGAGUGGCAAGAGGGCAUCCAUAUGCUCAGAUGUACAGAAGAUAUCCAUACCACUGAGGAAAAUGAAUGGCCAGCAGAGUUUCCGCAUCUUGGCGUACCAAUGGCUAUGA